AUGGCCUCCGCGUGGUGCUGGAGCUGCCUCUCGCGGCUUCGCCCAACAACACCGCGAGCAAUCCUCCCGUCCGCAACUCCCCGGAUUUCGAGCGCCGGCUUCCACUCCACCGCGGUGCAAUAUGCCCAGCCAGCAAAGAAGAAGGGUAACAGUCUGACGCCCAUGCGGUACCGACAGGGUCAGACACUUCGGAGGAAGAAGAAGAAGACCACUGAGCGUUCGCGUCCCCCGGCUGUUGGAGAGCGCAAGGCUAUGCGGAAGCGCAUUAUCCUCAGCAAUCCCAAUGCUCUGGAGGUUGAGGGCAUGCAGGAACUUUCGGCUGAGACUAUGGUUGAUGCUCGUCUCCGUGGCUCCGUUAUCGGUCUUCCUGUGCCCAUGCUGGAUCAAUUGAGAGCCGUGGAGGCAUUCAAGCCCAAGCAGGGUUGGUCUAUAUUCCGUCGGCCUGGUACGGUUUUGCGUCGUGAUGCUCUGGAGAUGGGUCGUCUUUUCGAGAAAAUUUCCGGUGAUGGUGAUGCGCCUGAGACUGGCAAGGUUGUCAAGAAGAUAAUCACUGGAUCGAAGGGAUCUGGCAAGACUGUGCACUUGCUGCAGGCCAUGGCUAUGGGAUUCACUAAGAAAUGGGUGGUUGUCACUGUUCCUGACGCUCGAGAACUCGUCUCUGGUGACUUUGCCUACACCCCGAUCGAGGACUCCAAGCCGACCCAGUAUGUUCAGCCCGGUGCGACCGCCGCUUUGCUAACUCGCACUGUCGAGGCCAAUCGCGAGGUUCUGUCUAGUCUUCGUGUUUCCCAGCAACAUCCCGCGCUGAAGGGCCUUAAGCCCACAUCCACCCUCGUGGACCUGGCUAAGAUGGGAUACUCUGAUGCUGCCCUCUCCUGGCCUGUCUUCCAGGCUUUGUGGAAGGAGCUCACAGCCACUGCUGCUGCUCCCGGUCUGGAGAAGGACUUCCAGCCUCGUCCCCCGAUGCUGGUCGCCGUCGACGGUCUUGCCCACUGGAUGGUUGAGAGCGCCUACCGCGCUGCUGACUACACCCCGGUCCACGCUCACGACCUUGUUUUCGUUAAGCACUUCCUCUCGCUUUUGCAGCCUGGUGCUUCCCUCCAAAACGGCGGUAUGCUGCUUUACGCUACCUCCAAGUCCAACAACCCCUCAACCUACGCUCUUGAGGUUGGUCUGGACCAGCUGGCUGCCCGUCAACAGGGCAUUAGCGCCUCCUCUCCUGAAUAUCCCCAACCAGAGGCAUACAGCAACGCUGAUGUCCGUGUUCUGGAUGUGUUCAAGCCUCAGACCGCCUCCGGCAAGGAGGGCAUUCUCGAGCUGCAGACCCUUGGUGGUCUCACCCGCGAGGAGACCCGCGGUUAUCUGGAGUACUUUGCCAAGAGCGGCCUGCUGCGCGAGACCAUCAACGAGAAGUGGGUUGGUGAGAAGUGGAGUUUGUCCGGUGGCGGUAUCAUCGGCGAGCUGGAGAAGUUGGGCCGUCGUGUCCGCACUGCUGCUGAGCCUGUUCCCGUCGCAGAGUGA